GGCUUCUACAGCACAGUCACAGCAGAGCAGCCGGAGCACCCAGCGGAAGCGGCCAUCUUCUAACCCAGAGGCACUGCGGCCAUCGCAAGUGGAACAGCAGUCAGGCAGCCAGCCAUCUGCGCGCAGCAGCACAGGCAAUCGACAAGCAGCUGACGGCAACAGCCGCCACACGCCCGGUUCAAGCCCCUUGCGUCGAUUCCUGGAAUCGAGGCAGCAGACUUCGCAGCAGCCGCGCUCACAAAUGGGGCACUAUCAGAAUGAGCACAUCUACUCUGAAAACAUGCAGCAGACGGGGCCCGGAAGGCCGCAGAGGCCGCCCCUGGACAACAGGCGGCUGCGCGGCGCGCGGCCCUGCAUCAGGCCGCAGGAAGGCGAAGUCAAAAGCGGCGGAAAAUGUGAGAGCAGCGGCGCACAGCAGGAAGAGGAUGUCCCGGCCUGCGUCAUUUGCACUGGCCCCCUUUCGAUCGUGGCGGUGGGCUCCUGCAACCACAAGGACAUCUGCGCGCGCUGCAGCCUGCUCAUGCGCCUGAAUUAUGAUGACAUAGCCUGCCCAUUCUGCAAGACCGAGCUCUCCCAGGUGAUUUUGACACGAUGGAAGCCGGAGGGUGUGCCAGACUUCAGCGAGCUCAAGGGCCGGUCAGGCACCAUGUGGCGGAAGCCUGCCUGGGCGCGGGGGGUCCUGGUGGACAAUCAGUCAUCCUCGGGGGGUUCCCCGCUCAGCAGUACUGUGCAGGGCAUCACGGCUGUGGCGUGCCCGGUGUGUGACGAGGUCGGCGCUCGGCCGUUCAGGUCGGUGAACCUGCUGCAGGCGCAUGUCAAGGUGGAGCAUGGGCGCAGUCUCUGCAGCAUCUGCCUGUCGGCGAAGCGGCGCUUCCCUCUGGAGCUGGAGGCGUACAGCGCUGAUGACCUGGCGGCGCACAUGGCAGCAGAGCACCCGCGCUGCGACUUCUGCAACCUUCACAUGUACAGCGGGGACGAACUGUACGAGCACAUGCGCGAGCAGCACUUCACCUGCGACAUCUGCCAGCGCGCCGGCUCCUUCCUGCACUUCACCUCUUCCGAUGCCCUGAUCGGCCACCUCAGGAGUGACCACCACCUGUGCGAGGAGGCGGAGUGCGUGGGCUGCCUCAUCGCCUUCGCCACCCCGGAUGAGCUGGCGCAGCACCGGAGGGAACGCCACUCGCGCGCCAUGCCGCGCUUCAACCGCGCUCGCGCACGCAUCAUGCCCCUCGGCCUCGACGCGUUUCCUUCGCGGCCGCUGCCCACAUCCCCUGACCGCGACAGGGUGCAAGAGCAGUCUGUCGGCCGGAGCCAGCGGCCACGCAGCGGGGGCCGCGGCUCCUCCGGCAGUGCCGCGCGCGCGGGCGGGAGGGGCCGGGAAUCCGCGCCGCAGCCGCGACCGGCUGAGGAACCGUCUACCAGCGGCGGCAUGGUGAUGAUCGAUGACGACCUGGGUAUGACUGGGGACGCGUUCCCUGCCAUGGGGCCAGCAGCUAGCGGCAGCAGACAGGGGAGCGAAGCGCGGCGGCAUGCCCAGGAGGAGCAGGGCAGUGAGGAGUUCCCCAGCCUGCAGGCUGCGGCGCAGUCGGCCAGCCAGGCCAAUGGUCAUGCGCCCGGGGGCUCUGCACAGACUCGACCCCCAGCGCUGCCGUCGCUGCAGAAGGUGACGGUGAAGUGCGCGUGCGGGCGGCGCGUGUCACACAUUGCGCUGCCGGUCGGGACGGCGCCGAAGCCGAUCCGGUGCGACGCGGAGUGCGAGCGGGUGCAGCGCAGCAGCCGCCUGGCCGACGCAUUCGGCAUCGGCGACCCCGGCCACCACGUCCCCUGGGUGGACCGCCAGAGGCAAGCCAUGCAGGACGCGCACUAUUCGCCGGAGCUGCUGCUGUACGCUUGGCAUAACCGGGCAGCGGUGGAGGACCUGGAGCGCCAAUUGGCGGACUUCGUUGCUGACGGGGCCAAAAAGCGCGCCAGCCUGGCAGCCGCGCCUAAACAGGCGCGCCACAUAGCCCACCUGCUGGCCGAGCAGUAUGGCCUCGCCACGCAGAGCUUUGGCGCGGAGCCCAACCGCUGCGUGCAGCUGUUCAAGGGGGCGCAUGCGGCGGUGCCGCGGCAGGCGCUGUCGCGGGCGGCGGCUGGCAUGCCGCUGGAAGAUCUGGAGCGGGCGGUGCGCGCGGAGAAGGGCUUUCCCGUGCACUUCACCGACGUGGCUCCGGCCGCCGACCUGCAUCGCAUCCUGCAGCGCUGGGAGGGCCAAUUUGUGCUGAGUGGACCUCACGCCGACGGGAGCGCCGCCGCGCGGUUCUCCCGGCCGGAGGGCGCCAAGGAGGUGCUGGAUGCUCUGGGGGGCGGAGUGCGCGGCCAGUACCGGAUCAAUCGCGCUGCCAGCACGCCGGCCGCUUCGGCACCUGCCGCCGUGCCGCAGGCACAUGCCGGCAGCACCUGCGCAGCCUCUGCUUCCAGGCCCACUGCCGGCCAUCAGAGCUCCCAUACGGGCAUCAGCAGCAGCGGCCACUGCAGCAGCCAUCAGAGGCCACAGCCGCCGCGGCCGUCAGGGACUUUUGUGGUCAGUGCAAAGAUUGACCCUCUUGCAAUCCGCGCGAGCGACAUGGCCUUUGAGGAGAGCCCGGCAUCCGCAAAGCCUGCUAAGACAAAGCCGGAGACAAGGCUACCUGCAGGAGUGCUCCCUGGCUCAAUUCUCAAAGACGGGACAAGCAAGGAGUCAGCAAAUGGAGCAGCGACAGUGGGGCAGGAUGCGGAGGCAGGCUCUCAUCUUGUGGCUGAGAAUUGGGAGGACGCGGCUGAUGAUGGUCAGGAGUAA